GCGGGCAGGGCUGUGGAAAACAACAGGUUAUCAAGUGCGCUGGUGCGGAUCCGUUCGGUUUGCGGAACCAAGAAAGGAAGCGUUUACUUGAGGCCCGCACGGUGCCAACUUUUGCUGCCUCUUUUUUUUCUUCAUCGACACCAGGCAGGGGGUAUCCUUAUCGCAGACAUGAGUAAAGGCGACCCUAGCAAGCCUCGGGGCAAAAUGUCCUCGUACGCAUAUUUCGUGAAAACGUGCCGUGAAGAACAUAAGAAAAAACAUCCGGACUCCUCGGUCAGCUUAAGCGAGUUUUCCAAGAAAUGCUCCGAGCGAUGGAGGUCUAUUUCUGACAAAGAAAAAUCCAAGUUUGGAGAAAUGGCAAAGGGUGACAAAAUUCGCUAUGAAAGAGAGAUGAAAGACUAUAUUCCUUCUAAAGAGAGAAAGAAAAAGGAUCCAAAUGCCCCCAAAAGGCCACUAUCAGCUUUCUUCUUAUUUUGUUCUGAACAUCGCCCAAAGAUAAAAAGUGAUAAUCCAGGUUUGUCUAUCGGCGAGACAGCAAAAAAAUUAGGUGAAAUGUGGUCUGAGCAAACAGCUAAAGACAAACUACCCUUUGAGAAGAAGGCAGCAAAACUAAAGGAGAAGUAUGAAAAGGAUAUUGCAGCAUAUCGUGCAAAGGAUGAUUCAGGGAAGAAGGGUCCAGGAAGGCCAGCAGGCUCCAAGAAAAAGGCGGAACCAGUAGAGGAAGAGGAGGAGGACGAGGAAGAGGAGGACGAGGAAGAAGGAGAUGAAGAAUGUUAAAACCUGCUGUAAAGUUUUUGUGCUCAAAAAUCCAUGAUUUUGCUGAGAAUGUGGUCGAGUGCUUUUCAAUGUUAGCUUCAGUAUAAAAAACUGUACAGAAUUGUGUAUAGAUAAAGCGAUUCUCUGCAGAGGGACCUGUAUUCUGAUGUAAGUAGUUGCAAAAAUGUCACUGCUGUUAGAUUUUUCUUAAAAGCUGAUAUUGUCACAUGCUUGGGUAUAUUUAAUGGUUCUUUGAAAUUCCGUAACUGCUUAAUUUUGAGCAAAGUAAACAGUAAUAUAGUCA